CCCGCCCCGCUGAGCAGCAGCCAGGCUCUGCCGGUGACGGCACCAAACACGCUCCGCCUGGACAGCAGCGGAUCCACCGGACGGGUCCGUGGGAAGAGGAGCGAGACCUGCAGAAAGAGCGACACAGAGAGGAGAGAACAUUGGACUCGCUGAUUUCAGAAAAGUUGUUCCCGCAACGCAGAAGCGACGCGGGAUACCCGCACAACACGUUCACUGCUGGAGGACACGGUGCGGUGGAGCACAUCUCGCUGGAGAGUGUGUGGUGGGUCUGACGCCGUCGGGGUGCCAUGGCUUUGGUCCAGUCAUUACCUGUGACCGUGAAUGACCACCUGAAUCCUGGUCUCGACGUGCAGCAGUGCCGGCCACUAUCAUCCCAUUCCCCCUGUGGGCCCUGCAGCUCCGAGAUCGCCAUGGGUUCUGUCAGCAGCCUCAUAUCAGGCCGAACGUAUCAGGAGAGACACUGCCGGGCCGCCAGCGAAUUCACCGCCAAGUCACGGCGCUCCACGCCGGCCACCAGCUGCUUCCGGCUCCAUGAUAACAGCCUCCGCAGCGGAAGCUCCCUGGAGCAGCUGCUGGUUAUCAGCAACCAAACGCUUUCCUCGGCUCAGAUUCUUCCUCCGCCGCUGCCCACCAAGAAGCAGCUCCGGCCUGGUAAUUCUGCUGGAGCAGGCGAUGGGACGGUCGCCGGAGCAGUAGAUGGUGGCACGAAUGGAAACUUGGGGUUUGUGAGUGACGAGGUGCUGAUUGGAGACUGUAACGACAACCUGGUCGUUGCAGCUGCAAGCCCCUGCAGCGACUCAGAGGACCAAAGGGACAACAGGACUCUGAAUGGCAACAUUGGAGGGCCUCCUCCCAAACUCAUCCCAGUGUCCGGGCAGUUGGAGAAGAACAUGGAGAAAGUGCUGAUCCGUCCUACAGCGUUCAAACCUGUCAUUCCCAAGAAUCGUCACUCUGUGCAGUACUUGUCACAACGGCCAGGGGGAAGCAGUCUGUCAGAGAGCCAGGCCAGCCUCAACCUCCUGCUGCCCCUUGGAGGGUCCAACAGCACCAGUGGCACGAAUGGCAUCGGCGGGAGCAGCAGUUCCGGCUCUGAAGGGAAGCGCAACUCCUACAGCGGAUGUCGUAAUGCUCGGGGAAGCCAGUCCUACUCCAUGUCAGAUUCAGGGAGGAACUCCCUCUCCAGCCUCCCUACUCACAGCAGCACAGGCUACAGUCUGGCCCCCAGUGAGGGCUCUGGGUCUGGCUCCGGGGUGCAGCUGGAGCCCGUGCCAGGCCUGGGCCGAAACACUUCAGGUCCGAGUGGGAGCCACGGCCACACAAACUCAGACAGUGGACGUUCCUCAUCCAGUAAGAGCACAGGCUCGGGGUCGCUAAGCGGGCGCGGGCAGCCACUGUCCGACAGCGGGUCCUGUGGACACUCGCCGCCACUGGUGGAGGGCUACGAGGCGGUUGUGAGGGAGCUGGAGGAGAAACUGAGGGAACGAGACCUGGAGCUCCAGCAGCUCCGGGAAAAUCUGGACGAGAAUGAAGCGGCCAUCUGCCAGGUUUAUGAGGAGAAGCAGCGUCGCUGUGAAAGAGAGAUGGAGGAGCUGAGAAAGAGCUGUGCGUCAAAGAUGAAGCAGGCUUCUCAGAAGGCUCAGAGGGCGCAGCAGGUAUUACAGUUACAGGUAUUUCAACUACAGCAGGAGAAAAAGAAGCUGCAGGAGGACUUCUCCUCACUGCUGCAGGACAGAGAGAUGCUGGAAAGGAGGUGUGCCACCAUCCAGAGGGAGCAGACCCAGCUGGGGCCACGUCUGGAAGAGACUAAGUGGGAGGUGUGUCAGAAGUCAGGAGAGAUCUCCCUCCUGAAGCAGCAGCUGAAGGAAAUCCAGUCCGAGCUCAGCCAGAAGGCCGGAGACAUUGUGGUGCUGAAGGCCCAGCUGAGAGAGGCCCGUUCUGAACUGCAAGCCAGCCAGGCUCGAUCACGCGAGGCCGGAACGGCCGUGCGGACACGAUCUCUGGAGCUAGAAGUCUGUGAGAACGAACUCCAGAGGCGCAAGAGCGAAGCUGAGCUGCUCCGGGAGAAACUGGGCCGUUUGGAAGAAGAGUCAGCCCGCCUCCGUGACACGCUUUCCAAUCACAGCGGACACUCUCUACCCGGAAGUCUAAUCAUGAAAGGGCAAUGCAUGAGCCUCUCCCUCCAACAGGGUCGAGGAAUGGCAGGGAGGGGCGGUCCCAGUCCAUCUUUAUACCGAGAUGCAGAGGAGACUCAUCUGGUCUGGGGAGGGGAGAGUGACGAAGCCAAGGCUCAGAGGCAGAAUGCUGAAGCAGUUUUGGGAUUCAGACACCAGGUGGAAAGGCUGAAGGCUGAACUCAUGUACGAGAGGAGGACUGGCGAGGAGCACCUGUCACGGUUUGAGGAUGAGAGGAGGGUGUGGCAGGAAGAGAAGGAAAAGGUAAUCCGCUACCAGAAACAGCUGCAGCAGAACUACAUCCAGAUGUACCGCAGAAACCGGGAUCUUGAGCGAGUGAUGAGGGAGCUGAGUCUUGAGCUGGAGAACAGGGACAUGGAGGACUAUGAGGUUCACAGUGGCAGCAACGACAUCCACUUUGAGGAAAUCACCGCCACUGAGAUCUAAACACACACACACGUAAUUAUCGUAAUAUAUGCACAGAAACAUGGAAACACAACACACAAAAGACUCUCUGAGAAUGUUAAUCAGACAUUGAAGUCCAGGCCGUAUACCGCACUGUCUUCAACAUGUCUUUACCUGGACCACUGAGCAAGCAUUCACCACUCGUCACUAUCAAAAGGGAAAUCUCCCAAGGGUGUGUUCUUACUUCAGUAGUCCAAUAAAUCCUUAUAAAGUGUCCCCUCUGGCACUUAACAGGUUUCACUCCACGAUAAAGCCAGCACAAAGACUUUCUUCCUUCUGUGGGAGCAAAAGCAGAGAAGAAAGUAUUUCUUCCUCAGACCACGUUCAAAUCAGGGUAUUCAAAAUAGUCGGGAACUUGAAGCAAAACAAUGUAACUACAUGUAGGCACAGCAGUGUGGUCAACGUGCAGUAACCCUUUUGCGAUAGCACACAAGGUUAAACACCCGGCCACCAGCAUGCAAUGAUGCAACAGGACAGCAGUCCCAUCGACACCACCGCGGCUAUUAAUGAUGACCUCAUCCACCGUCCAAAUAACAACAGCAACUGCACUAGUGCUCCAAGUAACUACCGAAGGGAAACUAAGACCAAACAUCUGCUCUUUGUAUUUCAUUGUGUUCAGAGUGUCAGCAUUUCAUUUCAUUUUAAAAAAUGGUAAAAGAAUAGGAAUAUUGUUGUUCGCAUGCUCGAUUUCCUCAGCAGUGUGUAUUUGAAUAAGAAUGUAUCUUCACUGUUAUCACUCCAGAGCAAUGCAGUAAAAAGGAUCAUCACAGCCAGGGAAACAUGGCACCAUUUUGCACAACUUUUCUGUGCAAUUUAGUUUGGGGUACAACUCGUUCUUGUGGAGCAAAUCAUGAAACGACAACAUACCAGUUUGGACAUUCAAAUGUGGACAUCCUAAUCUCUCAUUUCCCAAACCACGAGGACACAGAAACCAAACAUUUAAAAGACGCUGCUCAUGUUUUCUAGACCAUCAACGUUCAAGCCGUUGCAUCUGACUAAUGUGUCAACUCAGACAACACACCAAACUCUGACAUAAACAUGUGCAUUUCACAAUUAUGUAGCGCUAUAGGAAGCAGACCGUAGCAUGGGAGAUAUCACCAGGAUGCUGUUGGUUCUCCUCUCUCUUUCUCCUUCUGCCUUUGCCUCUAUGUCUACUCUCUCUUUUCAUCUCUAUCUCUGCUUUUUACUACUAACUAUUUUUAUAUCAGUCAGCAGUCGGUAUCAGGAAGCUAAAAAUGGAGUAUAUUCCUUCAGUUGGGUGGGGACGAUACUGAGAGUUGAGGCAUGCUUUUUCAGAGUUCCCCUUUUUUCUCCUUCAUUCCCAUUAGUGCUCUUUAUUUAGCUUUUCACAGCCAAAAGCCAAAUAUCACUUUUAAAGUCUUCUUAGGUUGCCCAUGACUAUAAUCUUCACUGACUGCUAUACCGGUAGCAAGACUGGCAUGCCUGCAUGUCUUUGUUAUAUCAUAUUUUCGAAGAUGGUGGUUCAGAUAGCAGUGAGGUGGGAAUGUGCACAUGCAGUAGCUCCAGUGUCCUCGAGGCAAGGUGGCUGUUAAAGCCCUGAAUAUAAACCGAGGGGAGCAUGUUAACAUGGGAAGCUGUUUUUCACAGUAAAGGCAGGGCUGUGUACAACACUGAGCAUGAUGGGUUUCUACAGGGGGGGGAAAGUAAAUGGCUUUUAUUUUACAAAGAGUCUAUAUCAAGGAAUAACAGUGAAAUGGAAAUCUAUGUUUUGGAGAUGUUGUAUAUUUUUCUAUAUAUAGCACCUGGAGAUAUUUUGUUGUAGUACUGAUAUAAGUUUGAGUUUAAUAUACAACGUAUACAAAAGAAACGUCUAUAUGUACAUAAAUAUAUAUAUAUCACAUACCAAUAUUUCAAAUGAUGGAUCAGUUGUAAAUGGAGGCGGCAGCCUAGAAUAAGUGCACCUAAUACUGUAAUGCAUGAACAUAUGUUUACAUUUGUUAUCUGUGUGACACAAACUCUCCGGUGACCAAACUUUGCAGCUGAUGAACACAGUUAGGAGCUUUUAUUUUAGGCUCAGUUUUGACCUGUUGUCUCUCCAUUUUGAUUGAUCUUUCAUUUAUUUGUCAGUAUCAUAAUAUCGCACCGAUUCAUGUCUUCAUCUUUGGGUUUCGCGCUUGCCGUUAGUUUGUAAAAGCACGAGAAAGGUUAUUUUUCAGUGACUUCUUCGUAAAGUUGUGGUCAGAGAUGAUGCAAACCAAGAAAGUGUUAUGUUUCUUAUACUUGAAAACUCAACCCCUUCCAGUAAAUGUGAUCAGCAAAUUUGAUCAGUCUAUAUUUUGCAUGACCUCACCACCUCCACUGUGGUUUGAGAGAUUUUGUAGAUUAUUACAAACCUGCAACAAUUUACAUGAAGCCAAUGGGAAGGGACUUUGAUGGGAGCAAAUUGUGUUUGUCCAAUCAUAUUUAGUUUGUUAACAAGACCUAGACUGUUACUCACUCACUACAGAUGAGGUUCAGAUUAACACAGGAGAUGCAAACCAAACUGAAAUAUACUGUGUGCAUCCCGGACUUCUGCUUUUUCCUCACAUCUCAGUUCUCUUCAUCGUCAACUGUUUCUGUGUAAAUACGUAAAACACUUUAUAGUAUAACAGAGUGACAUUGUCUUUUAUUUAGACAAAAUAUCUAUUUCAAAUGUAGCCACUGUGACUAGACCAAAGCAACUUAACACAUUGUAUUCUUUUUUGUGGCAUUUUUCUCAUCCUUUUGUGUGUAUUUCUUUAAUGUUUACUUACAUUGUGUUUUCAGUAAUUCAUAAAGUAUCUAGUUGUCAUGUAUAUUUUUAUGUGUACAUUUCUUGUACAAAUGACUGUUUUUAAUUAAAGAACAAGUUGUCACACCUUC